GUGCUGGAGGGCGGCCCUCGGCGCGGGGACAGCUACGCGUGCCAGGUGGAGCACGCCAGCCUGCGGCAGCCCCUGGUGCAGCGCUGGGAGCCCCCGGCGGACGCGGGCAGGAGCAAGAUGCUGACGGGCGUGGGGGGCUUCGUGCUGGGGCUCGUCUUCCUGGCGCUGGGGCUCUUCCUGUUCCUGCGCAGUCAGAAAGGGCGCCCUGUCGUCGCCGCCGCUCCAGGGAUGCUGAACUAGCUGCUGCCCCGCGGAGCUGCUCCAGCCGCACCCGCCGCGCUCCCGGCCCUCGCCUCGGCUCUCCCUCGCGUGUCCCCCCCGUGACGCCCCUGCUGCCGCUGCAGCGCCCGCUCUGUACUCCCUCCGAUUAUUUCCCUU